AUGUUGGUCUCCGUUGCACUUUCCGCCCUUUCCUUGGUGUCUCUGGUAUCUGCCCAGACGGUCGUGGAAGUUGGUGCUGCACCUGGCAGUCAAGGCGGCAUCUUUCAGUUCAUCCCUCCCACUGUGACCGCCACGAACGGCACCGUCGUUACCUUCAGGUUCAGCGGAGCUCCAGGGAACCACACUGUUACCCAAUCGACGUUCGCCGCCCCGUGCGACCCUGUGGACGGCGGCUUUGACUCAGGCUGGGUCUACGUCCCCAACGCCGACGCCGUCACGGAUGAGGUGCCAGAGUUCAAUUUGACGAUCACGAAUGACCAAGCGCCGAUCUGGUUCUACUGCAAGCAGCUCACUGGACGGCACUGCCAGCAAGGCAUGGUCGGCGCGAUCAACCCACCCGCCUCCGGGAACACAUACGAAGCGUUCCGCACCAAUGCCGCGAGCGUCGAUAGGGAUAGUGGCCAAGACCAAGGUGGCCUCGUCGGUAUCGGCGCUUCUGCCUCUGCAGCUGUCGGACCCCUCCCGUCUGGCGUACAGCUCGUUGCUCCGACUGAGACGGCUACCUCGCCUCCCGAUCCUACGACCUCGGAUGAUGGGGCGGACCCUUCGCCGACGACGGAUGCUGCUGCUGGAGUUGUAGUGCCGUCGCUGCUGGUCAUGAUAGCUUCUUUGCUUGGGUUUGUGGUCGUCUAG